GUAUUCAAUCAGAAGACUGCAGUACAAGGAGGAGACAGGACGCAUCUUCCAAUAUUGUACUUUUUUGUGCAUUCCAGCAGUCUCUGUUAAUAUUUGGUAGACCGAAGUAAAAAAUAAUUGCUUGUAGUAGGCCGUUUGACAGCUACAGGAAAUCGCCGCUAUGAAAAGUAAGUCUGACCACCAGCUAAAAUUGCUUUUAUUCUCCGCAGUUUGUUCAUCCUUUUGUUUAGCGUUAGAACAAAUCCGAUACUCUGUUCCAGAAGAGGUAGAAAUUGAUUAUGUUGUGGGAAAUAUUGCACAGGAUUUACAGCUCCAAAAGCGGUCGGACUUGGACAGUAAGAUUCGAAUUACAUCAGCAGCAAAGAAACAAUACUUUAACAUAAAUCCAGAAAACGGGGAUCUGUGCGUUAAGGAAAGACUUGACAGAGAACGUAUUUGCGAAACUGAAGAUCCCUGUUUAUUGAACUUUAAAGUCGUAAUUGAAAAUCCAUUGUCUGUUUAUGGGGUCGAGAUUGACAUUAAAGAUAUCAACGAUAACGCCCCAGCAUUCGCUGUAGCUGUGAUGACUCUGGAAAUCAGUGAGGCAACCUCACCCGGGACUCGUUUUUCCCUAUAUUCAGCGACAGAUCGAGAUAUUGGAACAAACGCACUUCAGGGUUACACCCUUAGCCCUAGUGAGUAUUUCAGUUUGGUUAUUAAAACAGACAAUGCAGGAAGCAUGCGCGGAGAGCUGGUACUGGAGCGUGAGCUGGAUUACGAAAAAGAACGUCAUUAUGAUCUCCUACUGACAGCUACUGAUGGAGGAAAGCCACCAAAGUCAGGUACUCUAAACAUAAACAUUUCCGUUGUAGAUGCUAAUGACAAUGCACCUGUUUUUGAACAGGUAUUAUACAAGAUUAGUAUAAAAGAAAAUUAUCCAAAAGAUGGUGUAGUAUUUAAAUUAACUGCAACAGACGCAGACGACGGCUUGUACGGCAGCAUAACCUACUCAUUCAGUGAAACUACGGAGAGACCAAGCCACGUUUUUAAACUGGAUCCAAAAACUGGCGAUCUUCUGCUUGAUGGACUUUUAGAUUUUGAAGAACGGAAAAAGUACGAAUUACAAGUAGAAGCUAGGGAUGGCGGAGGUCGAAUUUCUCACUGCAAAGUGCUGGUUGACGUUCUUGACCAGAAUGAUAACGCACCUGAAAUCAGGGUUUCAUCAUUGUCAAGUCCGAUUCCAGAGGAUACAGCACUUGGAACUCAAGUCGCAGUUCUAGAAGUACAUGAUCAAGAUUCGGGAAGUAACAGUGAAGUGAACUGUUACUUACAGGAACCCAUCAAUUUUAAGCUAGUACUUUCUUUUGAAAACUAUUUCUUAUUGGUGACAGAUGGCUUUUUCGAUAGAGAACGUGUUUCGGAGUAUAGUCUUAAAGUUGUGGCUACGGACAAAGGAGCACCCCCUUUGUCGUAUAACGUAACACUUUUAAUACAGAUUUCAGAUAUAAAUGACAACAAACCAUUAUUUACACAGUUAUUUUAUGUGAUGUACAUUAAUGAAAAUAACCCCCCAGGAUCUGUCAUUUCUUCUGUUGAAGCUAAAGAUCAGGAUGAACAUGAUAAUGGACGAGUCACGUAUUCACUAUGUGAUGGUACUAGGUUAGGAGACUCCCCAGUGUCUUCCUACAUUUCUAUUAAUUCAGUCAAUGGGGAAAUAUAUGCACUUCGAUCAUUUGAUUAUGAAGAAUUUAAGUUUUUUGACAUUGCAAUUAAAGCAGAAGACAGCGGUAACCCACCUCUCAGCAGUAAUGUGACCGUUAAAAUAUUCAUACUUGAUAAAAAUGAUAAUGCACCUAUAAUAUUAUAUCCUCCUAUUAAGCAAGAUAGUGUUGCUGCUGGAGCUGAGAUAGCACCACGCACCUCUGAACCAGGAUAUCUAGUGACCAAAGUAGUAGCCGUGGAUGCUGACUCUGGACAGAAUGCUUGGCUAACCUAUACAUUUCUUGAGGUAACUACACAAGGUCUUUUCACAGUGGGACAUAACAACGGGGAAAUUAGGCUAACUCGUCAAAUUUAUGACAAAGAUUCUUUAAAACAAACCGUGACGGUGCUGGUGAAGGAUAACGGGGAACCUUCUCUUUCUAGUAGUGCAAUUGUAACGGUACUACUUACAGACAGCAUUGCCGAGGCCUUUAAAGACAUUAUCAGCAUCUCUAGUGAUGCCUAUAAGGAGUCUGACCUUACACUUUAUCUGGUGAUAGCUGUAGCUACAGUUUCAACUCUUUUUAUUUCAAUUAUAAUGAUAUUGUUGGUGAUAAAAAUUCGGAAAUGUAUAAAUGAUAGACUGGAGGAGAAUUUCAAUUCUAACUUCAGUGUUAUGCCUUCAUCAACAUUCCAAUAUACAGAUAAAGCAAAAUGCGUUCCUCAAAUUGGUUCCUAUAAGAUAUGCUCAACAACAGAUUCGACAAGGAAGGAAUUUGUAUUUUCACAGGUAGUGAGAGUCCAGUAUUAUUUAGUAAUCGUUGCAAUGAAGCCGAUCGUGCUGAUCUUUCUAGCGUUUUCAUUCAUCAGUUUCGCUUUAGGCAAGAUCCGAUAUUCCAUUCCAGAAGAAGCUGAACUCGGUUUUGUUGUUGGAAACAUCGCUCAGGAUUUAAAGCUCCUUACAAGACCUGUUUUGAGCAGCAAGAUUCAAAUCACAUCAGCUACAAAGAAACAUUUCUUUAAUAUUAAUGCGGAAAAUGGUGAUCUGUAUGUCACUGACAGAAUUGAUAGAGAACAGAUAUGUGCAACUAUAAAUCCUUGUUUGUUAAAUUUUAAAAUCCUUGUAGAAAAUCCAUUAUCCGUACACGAAGCUGAGAUUACUAUUCAGGAUAUCAAUGACAACGCGCCAACGUUCAGUACAGAGAGCAUGUCUCUGGGAAUCAACGAAGCGGUUUCACCGGGAAUCCGUUUUCCUCUUAACACUGCAAAAGAUCCGGAUAUCGGAACAAACACACUUCAGGGUUACACCCUCAGCCCCAGCGAGUAUUUCAGUUUGGAUAUUAAAACAGAUGAAACAGGAAGCAUGCGCGGAGAGCUAGUACUGGAGCGUGAGCUGGAUUACGAAAAAGAACGUCAUUAUGAUCUCAUACUGACAGCUACUGAUGGAGGAAAACCACCAAAGUCAGGCACCAUGAGUAUUAAUAUUGCCGUUGCAGACGCUAAUGAUAAUGCACCUGUUUUUGAGCUAAACUUGUAUAAAGCUAGCAUAAAAGAGAAUUGCCCAAAAGGCACACUAGUAGUUCAGCUGACAGCCACGGAUGCUGAUGAUGGCCCUUAUGGUGCUAUUACCUACUCAUUCAGCAAAACGACUGACGCGGUCAGUCACCUUUUCAAUUUGGAUCCAGCAACUGGAGAAAUACAACUUAAACAACCUCUAGAUUUUGAGGAAACUAAAUACUAUGAGAUGCAAGUACAAGCCAGGGACGGAGGGGACCUAAUUUCACAGUGCAAAGUUCUGAUUGAUGUGCUUGACCAGAAUGAUAACGCACCAGAAAUUAUAGUUUCCUCACUGGCCAGUCCGAUUCCGGAGGAUACAGUACCAGGAACAAAAGUCGCGAUUAUAUACGCACUUGAUCAAGAUUCUGGAGAGAACGGUGAAGUGAACUGCCAGUUAGAAGGACCGAGUGCAUUUAAAUUAAUACCUUCAUUUGAAAAUUAUUUUUUAUUAGUGACAAAUGACUUCCUCGACAGAGAGACAUUUGCGGAGUACAAAAUUAGAGUAACAGCUACAGACAGGGGAAUCCCUCAGUUGUCUAACAACAUAACGAUAGAUAUACAGAUUUCAGACAUAAAUGAUAACAUACCAACAUUUACUGAACCUAUUUAUUUGAUGUACAUAGCUGAAAACAACCACCCAGGAUCUAUAAUUUCCUUUGUUGAGGCAAAAGAUAUGGAUGAAAACGAAAACGGACGAGUUUCUUAUGCGUUGCUUCAAAGUAAUAUGUUAGGGCGUUUAUCAGUGUCUUCCUACAUUUCAGUUAAUGCAGUCAGUGGGGAUGUAUUUGCACUUCGCUCAUUUGAUUAUGAAGAAAUUAAGUUUAUUGAUUGUGUCAUUCAAUCGGAAGAUGGAGGUAACCCACCUCUCAGGAGUAAUGUGACCGUUAAAAUAUUCAUACUUGAUAAAAAUGACAAUACUCCUUUAAUAUUAUAUCCUCCUAUUAAGCAAGACGGCUUUGUUAAUGGAGCUGAGAUAGCACCACGCACCUCCGAACCAGGAUAUCUAGUGACCAAAGUAGUAGCUGCGGAUGCUGAUUCUGGACAGAAUGCUUGGCUGACCUAUAAACUUCUUGAGGUAACUACACAAGGUCUUUUUACUGUGGGGCAUAACAAUGGGGAAAUUAGGCUAGCUCGUCAAAUUUAUGACAAAGAUUCUUUGAAACAAACUGUGGUUGUGUUGGUGAAGGAUAACGGGGAGCCUUCUUUAUCUAGUACUGCAACGGUAACUAUAUUCCUUUCUGAAAAUGUUGCGGAAGCCCUUUCCGAUAUCAUCAAUACUUCGGGGGAGUCUUACAAGGAAUCUGACCUCACCAUUUAUUUGGUGAUAGCAGUUGCUUCAGUUUCAGUUCUUUUUAUUUCUGUUAUGAUGAUAUUGGUGGCAAUCAGAAUUAGAAACUGGAGACAUGCUAAGCUGGAGGAGAAGUUUACUCCUGACUUCAGUUUUAUGCCCUCAUCUGGUUUCCAGUAUACAGGAAAAUCAGAAUAUGUUCAUCGAAUGGAUUCAUAUCGAAACUGUUCAACAACAGAUUCUACAAGGAUGGGAAACACAUUUUCACAGGUGGGGCAGAUCCGGUACUCCAUCCAAGAGGAAGUGGAAGUCAAUUAUGUUGUUGGAAAUGUUGUUCGGGAUUUAGGGCAGGUUUUGAACAGCAAGAUCAGUAUCAUAACAACAUCAAAGAACAGUUUUUUUAAUAUAAAUUCAGAAAACGGGGAGCUCUACGUUACUGAAAAAAUCGACAGAGAACGCAUAUGUGGAAAAGUGGAUCCGUGCUUGCUGAGUUUUAAAAUCCUUGUAGAAAAUCCACUAUCCGUGUAUGAAGCUGAAAUUACUGUACUGGAUAUCAAUGACAACGCGCCAAGGUUUAGUACUGAUACUAUGUCUCUGGAAAUCAAUGAAGCAGUUUCACCUGGCAUCCGUUUUCCCCUAGACACAGCAAAAGAUCCCGAUAUUGGAGCCAACACACUUCAGGGUUACACUAUCAGCCCCAGCGAAUAUUUCAGUUUGGAUAUUAAAACAGAUGAAACAGGAAGCAUGCGCGGUGAGCUGGUACUGGAGCGUGAGCUGGAUUACGAAAAAGAACGUCAUUAUGAUCUCAUACUGACAGCUACUGAUGGGGGAAAGCCACCAAAGUCAGGUACUUUAAAUGUAAUUGUCUCCGUGCUAGAUGCUAAUGAUAACGCUCCUGUUUUUGACCAAACGUUGUAUAAAGUCAGUGUAAAAGAAAAUUACCCUAAAGGGACCCUAGUAGUUCAUCUGAGCGCCACAGAUACUGAUGAUGGCCCUUAUGGCGUGAUUACCUACUCAUUCAGCAAAACUGCUGGCGCAGUCACUGAUGCGUUCAGGCUGGAUCCAGUAACUGGAGAACUAUGUCUUAAACAACCAUUAGAUUUUGAGGAAACAAAUCAUUAUGAGAUGCAGAUAGAAGCUAAGGAUGGCGGUGGUCUAAUUUCUCAUUGCAAAGUGUUGGUUGGUGUUCUUGACCAGAAUGAUAACGCACCAGAAAUCACAGUUUCCUCAUUGUCCAGUCCGAUCCCAGAGGAUACAGCACUUGGAACAAAAGUCGCUGUUAUAUACGCACUUGAUCAUGAUUCUGGAGGGAACGGUGAAGUGAAUUGCCACUUAGAGGACCCGAGUGCUUUUAAACUGAUACCCUCAUUUGAAAAUUAUUUCUUAUUAGUAACAAAUGACAUCCUUGAUAGAGAAAUCAUUUCGGAGUACAACAUAAGAAUUAUAGCUACAGACAAAGGAAUCCCUCCAUUGUCUAACAGUAUAACUCUUUCAGUGCAGAUUUCAGACAUAAAUGAUAACAAACCACAGUUUACUCAGCCUCUUUAUUUGAUGUAUAUAAAGGAAAACAAUCACCCAGGGUCUGUCAUAGCCUUUGUUGAGGCAAAGGAUCGGGACGAUAAAGAUAACGGAAGAGUCGCUUAUUCAAUACUUGAGAGUAAUACUUUAGGGGAUUCUCCAGUGUCUUCCUACAUUUCAAUCAAUGCAGUCAGUGGGGAUGUAUUUGCACUUCGCUCAAUUGAUUAUGAAGAAAUUAAGUUUAUUGAUUGCGUCAUUCAAGCGGAAGAUGGUGGCAAUCCACCUCUCAGGAGUAACGUCACCGUAAAAAUAUUCAUAUUGGAUAUAAAUGAUAAUUCUCCUAUAAUAUUAUAUCCCCUAGUUGAAAAAGGUAAUAUUGUUGCUGGUACAGAAAUUGCACCUCGUACAUCAGGGCCAGGGUACCUGGUGACCAAAGUAGUAGCUGUGGAUGCUGACUCUGGGCAAAAUGCUUGGCUAACUUAUAAAAUUCUUGAAGCAACUGCACCAGGUCUUUUCAUUGUAGGAUAUAACAAUGGUGAAGUUAAAAUAACCCGUCAAAUUCAGGACAAAGAUGCUUUAAAACAAAUGGUGGUCAUAUUGGUGAAGGAUAACGGAGAGCCCCCUUUAUCUAGUACCGCAACAGUAACUGUGUUCCUUUCUGACAAUAUUGCCGAAGCCUAUUCGGAUUCGAUCAGUGUGUCUGGCGAGUCCAGCGAGGGAUCUGACAUUACCAUUUAUUUAGUGGUAGCAAUUGCUUCAGUCUCAGUUCUUUUUAUUUCUGUUAUAAUGAUAUUACUGGCACUCAGAAUUAGAAACUGUAGAAAUCCUGAGCUGGAGGAGAAUUUCUAUCCUGACUUUAAUUUUAUGCCCUCGUCUGCAUUCCAGUAUACAGAAAAAGUUACGUGCGUUCCUCGGACCUGUUCCUAUCAAGACAGUUCAACAAUCGAUUCUAAAAGGAAGGGAUACGUGUUUUCACAGGUGUCUCUGUGCUAUCACAGGGAAAUCGCAGCCAUGAAGGCAUUACUGUUUUUUUCCUGGGUGUUUUUAUUCACGGUUCUCAGUUCAGGGCAGUUACGAUACUCCAUCCAAGAAGAAGUGGAAGCCAACCAUGUUGUUGGAAACGUUUUUAAGGAUUUAGGAAAGGUUUUGAACAGCCAGAUCCGUAUCAUAACAGCAUCAAAGAAACAGAUUUUUAACAUAAAUUCAGAAAACGGUGAGCUAUAUGUUACUGAAAGACUUGACCGAGAACGUAUAUGUGGAAACACAGAUCCUUGUUUAAUGAACUUUAAAAUUCUUGUAGAAAAUCCACUAUCCGUGUAUGAAGCUGAGAUUACUGUACUGGAUAUCAAUGACAACGCGCCAAGGUUUAGUACCGAUACUAUGUCUCUGGAAAUCAAUGAAGCAGUUUCACCUGGUACUCGUUUUUCCUUAGACACAGCAAAAGAUCUAGAUAUUGGAAUCAACACACUUCAGGGUUACAUCCUUAGCCCCAGCGAGUACUUCAGUUUGGAUAUUAAAACAGGCAAUGCAGGAAGCAUGCGCGGAGAGCUAGUACUGGAGCGUGAGCUGGAUUACGAAAAAGAACGUCAUUAUGAUCUCAUACUGACAGCUACUGACGGAGGAAAACCACCAAAGUCAGGUACUCUGAACAUAAGUAUCUCCGUUGUAGACGUUAAUGACAACGCUCCUGUUUUUCAGCAAGACUUGUAUAAAGUUAGUGUGAAAGAAAACUACCCAAAAGACACUGUAGUGGUUCAACUUACUGCCACGGAUGCUGAUGAUGGUCCUUAUGGGGAUAUUACUUAUUCAUUUAGCAAAGCUACUGAUAUAGUUACUCAUGCUUUCGAGCUGGAUCCAGUAAGUGGAGAAGUACGUCUUAAUCAGCCUUUAGAUUUUGAAGAAACAAACCAGUAUGAGAUGCAAAUUGAAGCUAAAGACGGCGGGGGGAGAAUUUCACAGUGCAAAGUGUUGGUUGUUGUUGUUGACCAGAAUGAUAACACACCAGAAAUCACAGUUUCCUCAUUGUCCAGCCCGAUUCCAGAGGAUACAGCACUGGGAACAAAAGUCGCCGUCAUAUAUGCACUUGAUCUUGAUUCUGGAGAGAACGGUGAAGUGAAUUGCUACUUAGAGGAACUGAAUACUUUUAAAUUGAUUUCUUCAUUUGAAAAUUAUUUUUUGCUGGUAACUAAUGACUUCCUUGAUAGAGAAAAAGUGUCGGAGUACAGCAUAAGAAUUCUAGCCACAGAUAAAGGGACUCCUCCAUUGUCUAACAACAUAACAGUUUUGGUGCAGAUUUCAGACAUAAAUGAUAACAAACCACAGUUUACUCAGCCUCUUUAUUUGAUGUAUAUAAAGGAAAACAAUCACCCAGGGUCUGUCAUAUCCAUUGUUGAGGCAAAGGAUCGGGACGAUAAAGAUAACGGAAGAGUCGCUUAUUCAAUACUUGAGAGUAAUACUUUAGGGGAUUCUCCAGUGUCUUCCUACAUUUCAAUUAAUGCAGUCAGUGGGGAUGUAUUUGCACUUCGCUCAUUUGAUUAUGAAGAAAUUAAGUUUAUUGAUUGUGUCAUUCAAGCGGAAGAUGGAGGUAACCCACCUCUCAGGAGUAACGUGACAGUAAAAAUAUUCAUACUGGAUAUAAACGAUAAUUCUCCUAUAAUAUUAUAUCCUCCAGUGGAUCAAGGUAAUAUAGUUGUUGGAACAGAAAUUGCACCUCGUACAUCAGGGCCAGGGUACCUGGUGACCAAAGUAGUAGCUGUGGAUGCUGACUCUGGGCAAAAUGCUUGGCUAACUUACAAAAUUCUGGAAGCAACUACACCAGGUCUUUUCAGUGUAGGACAUAACAAUGGUGAAAUUAAAACAACUCGUCAAAUCCAUGACAAAGAUGCUUUAAAACAAAUGGUGGUCAUAUUGGUGAAGGAUAACGGAGAGCCCCCUUUAUCUAGUACCGCAACAGUAACUGUGUUCCUUUCUGACAAUAUUGCCGAAGCCUAUUCGGAUUCGAUCAGUGUGUCUGGCGAGUCCAGCGAGGGAUCUGACAUUACCAUUUAUUUAGUGGUAGCAAUUGCUUCAGUCUCGGUUCUUUUUAUUUCUGUUAUAAUGAUAUUACUGGCACUCAGAAUUAGAAACUGUAGAAACCCUGAGCUGGAGGAGAAUUUCUAUCCUGACUUUAAUUUUAUGCCCUCGUCUGCAUUCCAGUAUACAGAAAAAGUUACGUGCGUUCCUCGGACCUGUUCCUAUCAAGACAGUUCAACAAUCGAUUCUAAAAGGAAGGGAUAUGUGUUUUCACAGACUCCUGCAGUUACUAAUGUCAUCAACUGCCUAAAUGAGGGAGGGUGGCUAACAGAAGAGGCACAUCAACAGUUUAUUAAAAAUGUCAACACUGUUGUCAAUCCAACGCAUGAAAUACAAAGCCACAUGUCUGAAAAUGCAGAGCCAGAAUCGUACUCAGGCAGUGAGUCCACAAGUGAAGAUGAAACUGAAUAACUCCUUUAAGUGCUCAAGUCCUAUUUUACUUUAUGAAUGACUUUGUCAAAUUUCUGAUGCAUAGCUGUAUUGUUUUCUUAACAUCUUUUUGUUGUUGUCAAGUUAAAUUGCAUUCAUUUGUUACUACUGUCAUUAUUUUUUUUUUGCAUCUCUGUGUUGAAUUAGCACAGCAGUCAUAAGUUGAUUACUGUUAUAUAAUGGGCCACUAUAACUGUAAAAGUAACUGACAGGACAAUUCAUAUACGUUUAGUUUCCCAGCAGAAUCCUAUAUGCAUGUAUGAUAAGGAGAGUGGCUAUGUGCUCAAUGGCCCAGUUGUUUUUUCCCCCCACAACAUUUUCCAUCAUUGGUGUGCAUAAAACCAAAGCUAUGUGGUUAAUGUUAAAGGGUCGCUAUUAAUGUAUGUUAUUACAGUAUCACGCCCCAGUAGCUUCUAGGGUCAACAUCUGGUGUAGAAUAAAGUGAUAUGGAGGAACUGACUAAUAGGAAUGCAGGUCAUAAAUAAGUUAUUGUUUAUAGCAUUACAUAAGAUGAACUAAAUUAAACAAUUUGUGCUGAAAAACACAAAUUCACUAUAGAUGUAGCUUUCUAGUAUCAAAGUGGAGAUGGUGUGUGUGUGUGUGUGUGUGUGUGUGUGUGUGUGUGUGUGUGUGUGUGUGUG